UUUUGAUCCUGAUGUCACAACCCAGGGUUAGCAUAGCGGUUUCGGCCACUACACCACAGUAUCAAAUGGUACUUGAAUGUUUGUGUGAAGAUGGUCAGAAAAGUGUCAGAGACCGAGGAGGAGACAUACACCCCUUACUUUCGAUCCAGAUGCAGCACUACGCUCACGGGACAAAUGCCCGACAUGCAAACAGCUUUUGAAAAGGUGCUGGAUUCCUCGGAGAAAUUUCUGAAAAAAGGUUCAGGAUGGGUUUUAGACUCCAUCCAAUACAUAGAACUCAAGACCGCUAUUUACAAGCCUUUAGCUUCUUCCUCCUAUAUACCUCUACCGAAAGCCUUAGCCAGUAAACUGGCUGUUCUCAAUAUCCAGAAUGAGGACCACAAAUGUCUCGUCUGGAGUGUGUUAGCAGCCCUUCAUGCCGUUGAAGAUCAUAGAGAACUUGCAAACAGAGUAUCUCACUAUAAGCCAUAUGAAAACGAAAUCCAUGUAAAUGGUCAGUCUUUUCCCACCCCCAUUCACCAGCUGGACAAGUUCUAGAAAAUGAAAAGUUAGAAAAGUGUUAUUUGUGUUUUCUUCACA